CCUAGUGGGUUGUCCGCCGGCGGCCUGGCUUUAUUGGGUUUUUCUCGCUCCUGGGCUUUUUGCGAAGUCGCCUUCACGACGGCUGCAGCCAUGGUGCUCAACCCGGUCCUUAAAAAGCUGGCCGACAAAAAGGUGGUGCUGGCAAGCGGCUCCCCGCGCAGGCAGGAGAUCCUCAAUAACGCGGGUCUCCAGUUUGAAGUUGUUCCGUCAUGGUUCAAAGAAACACUUGAGAAAUCAACCUUUUCAGCCCCGUAUCAAUAUGCUGUAGAAACUGCAAAACAGAAGGCACUUGAAGUAGCAAAUAGAAUGCAUGUGAAACAUCUUCAAACACCAGAUAUUGUUAUUGGAGCAGACACUAUAGUGAGUAUAGAAGAACAAAUUUUGGAAAAACCAGUGGACAAGCAGGAUGCCUAUAAGAUGCUUUCCAGAUUAAGUGGCAAAGAACAUAGUGUUGUCACAGGUGUUGCAAUUGUUCACUGCAGUAGUAAAGAUGAUUAUCUAGACACUGAAAUCACUGAGUUCUUUGAAGAAACAAAAGUCAAAUUUGCCGAACUCUCUGAGGAACUUCUCUGGGAGUAUAUCCACAGCGGUGAACCAAUGGACAAAGCUGGUGGAUAUGGAAUCCAAGCACUAGGAGGAAUGCUGGUGGAAUAUGUUCAUGGAGAUUUCUUGAAUGUGGUUGGGUUUCCUUUGAAUCACUUCUGCAAAAAAUUAGGUGAACUGUAUUAUCCACCAUCAAAGCACACCAUACAUCAUAUAAAAUAUGACUCUAUCCCUUCAGUGGAGACUUUUGAAAUUCUAAGUGACGGAGACUGUGAUUCUUCAGAUAGUACAAAAAUGGAAGAUGCCAAAAGGCUAACAAAUGGUGGACUUGUAGAAUUGGGAAAAUGCAAAGAGAGCAAGAUACCUAUGGAAAUUCAAAAUGGAAUACCAAGAAAUGUAACACAGUGCCUCUCUAAACUUACGCAUCUUCUGGAUGGAUUUAAAGGCUCAAAGGUUUUGUUUGUGGCAUGUAAGCUGAAAAUAUUUGAUCUUCUUAAAGAUAGGAGCACUGUGACCACAGAAGAUGUGGCAAAUCAACUUAAUACUUCCUUACGUGGAACAGAAAGAUUACUUGAUGCCUGUGCUUCUGUUGGUCUGUUGGAAAAGAAUCAUCAAGGUUACAGUAAUGCAGAACUAACAAAUCUAUGCCUGGUAUCCGAUAGUGAAUAUUCACUUCAUGACUACAUUCUUCAUUGUAAUGACCACCUGUGGACUUUGUUUACUCAUUUGGAGCAAGCAGUUAAAGAAGGAACUUCACAGAUACAUCAAACAUCUGAGAAGAAAGUGAAUGAUUUGUUUCAGGAUUUCCACUGUCAGUCUGUAGAGGUAAAGCAACGUUUUAUAAGAGCCAUGGACAGCAGUUCCAAAGUGACAGCAAGAGACAUAAGCACAGCUUUUGAUCUUUCACAAUUCAAAGUUGUAUGUGACUUGGGAGGUUGCACCGGAGCUUUAGCUUAUGAUCUAGUCCAGAUCUACCCAGAAAUGCAAGUCAUUGUCCUUGAUCUUCCUGAAGUUAUUACAGAUGUCACCAGCUGUCAACUUUCAAGACAAAAUGCUUGUGAUGUAUCCUUUGUAUCAGGUGAUAUUUUCAAAGAUAAUAUUCCAAAAGCAGAUCUUUAUAUUCUUUCAAGGGUUUUACAUCAUUGUUCUGAGGAAAAGAUUUCUCUGCUAUUAAACAAACUCUCUGCUCUUUCAGAGCAAGGAAUUGCGCUGCUAAUAGCAGAGAUAAUUCUUGAUGAAAAGCGAAUAAAACCUGCUAGAGCUGUUUUCCAGUCUCUUAGUAUGACAGAAGGCAAGGAAAGAAGUACAUUGGAAUACAAACAGUUAUUAGAAGAACAUGGAUUCAGUAAUGUACAGAUUAAAAUAACAGGAAAUCUGCUAGAUGUAAUUUUGUGCUCUAAGAAACUAUCUUCCUAGUACACUAAAUAGUAUUGAAUUUAUUACUUCAGCUUUCCAGAAUACUAUGUUUCUAUUUCUGAUUUUGGUGUCUCUGAAUUACAGUGGACAAUUGCAUGUAAAAGCUAUUCCACUUUUUAUUAUUUGUUAAAAACUGCACUAAAUGUAAUUUUCUCCUGAAAGGUCCUGGCUGUUGUUGUAACUAAUAGUAAUUAUAGCAUUAAAUCAUUUCCCCUCCCCCCCC